GUAGAGUGUCAAUAUUUGGGUCUUCCCCAUGAUCUAUUUUUGUAAGAAAAAAAGUUUAGAAAAGGUCCAUCUAUCCCAUCAUGCAUCAUUCAAUUAGAAACAUGGCGUCAACUAGUCGACACUUUUCAGCUCAAAUUUGUUGCCGGGAGCACCCUGACACUCCUCUGGUGGAAGACAGUCAUGCUGGUGACAUGAUCUGCCCUGAGUGUGGUGUUGUUGUGGGAGACAGAGUCAUUGAUGUUGGAUCUGAGUGGAGAACGUUCAGUAAUGAGAAAAGUACCAAAGAUAACUCUCGUGUUGGAGCGGCAGAGAAUCCCUUGUUUGAAGGCAGCGACAUGUCCACAAUGAUUGCUAUUGGAACAGGCAGCGACAGUUUGAGAGAUGAGUUUGGAAAGCCUAUGUACAGAAACAGACGCACAAUGAAUAGUUCAGACAGAGCAUUGUUGACUGCAUUCAGAGAGAUUGGUCAGAUGGCAGACAGACUGAAUCUUCCCAAAAUGUUGGUGGAUCGAGCAAACACAUUGUUCAAGCAGGUGCAUGAAAGUAAAACGUUGAAGGGGCGCAGCAAUGAUGCUAUUGUGUCUGCUUGCAUGUACAUUGCCUGCAGGCAGGAGGGAGUGCCCAGGACAUUCAAAGAAAUAUGUGCAGUAUCAAAGAUCAGCAAGAAAGAAAUUGGCCGUGUGUUCAAACUGAUUCUGAAAAAUCUGGAGACCAAUGUGGAACUCAUCACUACAGGAGAUUUCAUGUCUCGGUUUUGUUCCAAUCUGGGUCUGCCAUCAUCAGUGCAGAAAGCUGCAACACACAUUGCCAGGAAAGCUGUGGAAAUGGAUUUGGUCCCAGGGCGAAGCCCCAUCUCAGUGGCAGCUGCUGCUAUCUACAUGGCCUCACAAGCUUCAGAUGAUAAGAAAACGCCCAAAGAAAUUGGAGAUAUAGCCGGCGUGGCGGAGGUGACCAUCCGACAGUCCUACAAAUCCAUGAUUCCCAAAGCUGCCGAGCUGUUCCCAGCAGACUUCAACUUCAGCACCCCGAUUGAUUCUCUACCUCUCAACUAACUCUCCUGCCGACUGUCUCAUCAUCAUGUGUGACUGUGUUGUACUUGAGAAGCACUGCGUUAUUUUUGUUAUUUGAGUCACGACACGGUGGAAUCGGGCACUCGUCAAUUUUUGAGGAUAUGGAGCUAUGCGUAUCAUCUUACUUAAAGUUUGUUCAUUUGCUUUGAAUAGAAAUCAAAAUAUUAAUGACUAAAGGAGGUGGAGGGCGCCUGGUGUCAGAGGCAAAAUUAGUGAGAAAAUGGCCACCAAAGUUUUGGUGUUCUCGGCAACCGCAAAUUUUUAUUUUUUGUGCCUUU